AUGGUAAGUGCCCCUAGGGUGGUGUGUGAAAAGAAGCUCUAUUUUACCACCCGCAAAAAAAUGGAUUAUACAAUCAGAGGUGACAUGAUGCCCAGUCUAUGUUGGAGAGCUAGGGUGUAACAGGGAUUGUUUCCUGCGGUCAGAAAAAGCACCUGUACUCAAAGUAAGGUGACAGAAUGUGGAUGCAUCGCCUCCUGUGUGGCUGCACAAGAUAUGAAUGCCACAUGUGGGCACUGUCACCAGUCAUCCCUUGAAUGACCAUCUUCGCCAGGGGAUAUGACAAAUGGAAUGUUGCUGUCAACAUGAUUGGGAGAGGGGAACAUACAGGGGACACCUCCUAGGCUUGAAGGCAUAUUUCAAUCUAGAUUUUCUUUAUUGCAAAUAGAUGACAUUUUUUGUUUAACCCCUUAAGGACACAUGACAUGUGUGACAUGUCAUGAUUCCCUUUUAUUCCAGAAGUUUGGUCCUUAAAGGGUUAAUAAGAGUACUUGAAUAUAGAACUAUUGUACCUAGACAAGUUUGGAAUUCAAUGUUCUAAUAAUUGUAUCCCAUGUUUAUGUGUAAUACACAGAGAUACGUUUUACAUUGUUUCAAAACAGUUUCAACCAUUGUUUUUAAUUCUUGCGAUUCACUAUGUUUCACGUAGAUUACCAAGAUUUAUAAAUAAAUUUUUGAACGUGUAUCUAAUAUCGUGUAACCCCCUGACUUGUUAACAGGACAUGCUCAGACAGUGCUGGGUUUUUAUCUAAUAUAGAGUCAUAUCUGACUGCACAUUAUCAGGACACACCACACAUUGCUGCUGUUUUAAUUAAUGAAAUGUUGCAAUUACUAACUGCAGAUUAUCAGGACAGGCUCAGACAUUGUUAGAUUUGUAUUUAAAUGUAAUUUAAUAUUUUGAUUGCAUAUUAAUUAGGCAGUGCCAAGUUUGUGACUAUUGAAAUGUAAUCUCAUAAGUAUGGGUAUUUGAAAGGACUGAAGAAGUGCCUGGUUUGUAACCAAUGUAACGUAAUCACUUGACUACAGAUUAACUGGAAAGGCUAAAAGAGUGAUUUAAUUUUUCUAACAUUGCAAUGUUGUCCUGAUUUUACUGAACAGUGAUAAUGAAAAUGCUGGGUUUUUUUGUUGUUAAAACUGAACUUCGUACUCUGGCCAAAGUGGUAGAUUUGGCUAAUCUAAUAUUGGAAGUGUUGCUUUGGUAUUGACACAGGUUAGGGCUUACCUUGCCCAAAGCUUUUGUUUUUUACCUUUUUCUUGUUUUUUGUUGUUUUUAGGUGUUUAUGGUUAGAUUACGUCUUUUUAUACAAUCCUAGAAAUUAUGUAGUGGACAUAUUUGUUUUUAAUUUCACAAUCCUGUUUGUGCCUAUACUUCACCCUCUAUCCAAUUCUACUUCUCUCUCCCUCCCCCAAUCCUUCCUCAAUAAAUUUUUAGUGAUCUUCAUCCAUCUUUCAUUCAGCCCAUUUCCUUUAUUGCCAUUAUUGAUCUAACCUUUAGGGAAGUGAUGUACAUCAUUACAAUCUGUAUGGGGCUGUGUUGCUAAGCAUCCAUAGUUUGGCACAAAAAAAAAACCUUGCAACUUCACAGAAGUAGAGAUGCAUUUAUGUAGAACCCUACAGAACCAUACCAAACUAACAUAAUAAACCAAUCAAUAUAGGAUCUCUAAAGGCGAAACUCGAUGAAUUUUACUCAUCAUUCAGUCUUUAUUACUAUGGACCAUGUUGUUGAUUAGUACUGGUCUAUAGAGUUAAAGCUGGUGAUGUUUGCAAACUAUAUUUCACAUGAUGCUCUGGCAGUGUGUAUAUUGGCAUUUAUGAUGCCAAGGUUAAUAAUUUUAGCCUGAUACUAAUAACUCAAAAUAUGCUUAUCUGGAGGACAUCCUUUGAGGGGUAUUGCAUUAAAGUCUAUUUAAAAAAAAAAAUCAUAUAGUCACUGUAAAUCUGUGAGAUCUAGUAGGUACCAAAGUGGUCCAUGAUUUGAGAAUUCCUGAAUUGACAAUUCAUGUUGACCUUGGAUUUAAAGCUUAAUUGUUUUGAGUCACUAUAAUCACUUUUUGCAUAAAUUCUGCAAUUCGAUUUUCAAUUCAGUGUUUUAUGGAAUAUAUUCUUAUAUAACUCUAAUAUAGUGUUGUAUGUGAUUUGGGUUAUAUUUGGAAGUGGAAAUUUCAACCCAGUUGUCGCUGAUCACAGCAUGAUUGAUCAGGGACAACUGAGAGCCCUUUGUUCCAGAAACUGACAGUUUGGCAGUUCCAACUCCCCUAAGCCCUGUGUUUGACUUUGUGUCUUAAAAGACUGCUGACCAUUGUGUAGGUUUCCGAGUCUAGAAUGUUUUGUAUCCAUGUGCGGCUGUGUUGUGAAUCUAAUGUGUGCAGAAAGAUACAGAUCAUUGGUUGCAAUGUUGUGCAUCUGAAGUAUGUGAGAACGGCUGUUCGCACCACGCAAAGGCAAUUGAGCAAACUUCUUAGAAUCUAAGGGGCUUAUUCACUAAACAGAAAAUGGGGGUGAA